AAAAAAUAUAUAAUCUUAACAUUUUCCAAAAUCGUUUAAAAAGGAUUGCAAGUCAGAUCACUUUGGGCAAUGGCCUGAUUUGUUUAGUAGGCUAGUACAAAUGGUAGUUUAUUUUUUUGUAGGCCUACCUAUGCCUUGUUUCGGCAUCUUAACUAAAACAUUUUGAAUUCAUAUUUAUCCAAAUUCACUUCGUAAAAAAAACAACAACAACAAAAACGCAAUGUGACAGUUCCAGCUUGACUACUGACACUGUUGGCGACACAGAAUAUUACACAGAAACGAAGAUGGCGGACGAACUAGACCGAGUUCGGAUUUCAGCUGCGGAGCUGCGAGCUGAAGCGUCGACUUUGACCAACCAUCACGACGAUUGUCACAGAGAGGAGCGAGGAGAGGAGGGACGUGGCCAACGACAGCAGCGUCACCACGGCAACGACCCGUCAAAACGCCCUGACCUGCAGCGCUACACGCCCGGGGCUGGCCACGGCAACCGUCGCCAUGACAGCGAGGACGGCGGCGUAGUCAUCUCCCCUGGAGACCCGUUAGCCAUGACCUCUGACCCUGAGGUGGAACUGGUGAUGUCACUGCCACAGGAGGAGCAAGAAGAAGGACACAACAUGGCCGCCACCGAGACCGUUUCAACUGAACCUGGAUGUAUAGAUGGAGGGAUGGGGAAAGGAGGAGGAGAGAAAUGUGGAGGAGGUUUUACUUCAAACCGGGGUGGAUGCUCUCGAGCGCCUGCACAACAGAGGACUCGAAGAGGUGACCACCACACCACCAGAGCAGACAACAACAACAGUAGUAGCAGUAGUGCAAAGGGACCGUCAGGCUCCGCCAACCGACCACACAACUCCAGACAGAGGGAUGAGGUGAGAGGGAAGAACCAGAGGGGUGGAGAACCAGCAGGGCGUUCCCCUGGCUCUCCCAAAACCACCAGGAAGACCCGUAAACCUGACCGAGAGAUCUACCAGCCUGGGGGUCGGAGGAGCACCACCACCACCCAGGGGGAAGAGGGAAGAGAGACAGAGAAACCUGCUCCUGGUCCCCCUGAUCCUGUCAGAGAGGAAAGCCAAGCCAGGAGGGAACCAGUCGUAUGGAGAGAGAAAGAGGAAGAUGGCAGAGGGGGUGAAGAGACAGGCAGAAGGCAGGGGAGGAGAGAAACAGGGAAAGCAGCCAUCUCAGACCAUGGAGUAGAGAACCUGACUGGGAAGAUACAGACACUCUGUGUGACUGCCCCACCUGAGAGAGAAGAGGAGGGGAAGAGAGGAGAGGGUGAGGAAGGAGUAGGCAGAAGGAGGAAGGCAAGCGGUGAGGGCAGGAGGAGCAGAGCUGGAGGUGGAGGCAAGGGACGAGUAGGAGGAGGAAAUGAAGGAUGCGAGAAGACUGAGGAGGAGAAGAAGAAGAGAGAGAGGGGAAACCGCAGGAACAGAGGAGGAGGGGAGAAAGGGGAGAAUCAGGACUCCAGGAGAAGAGGAGGAGAGGGUGAGCGAGGGAUGACCGAGAGAGACAGGAGAGCGUCGGAAGAAGAUGGAGAGAGGGAAGCGAACCGUCCUGCAGAUGCACAGCCAGCAAAGGGAAGAGAAAAACAGAGGGAUAGAGAUACUGAGAGAGACAACCAGAGAGGGAACAACAGACCCCAACCCCCGGAUAUAGACAGAGAGAAGAAUGGAGAGAAAGACAGGAAUGUAGAGAUGCAGAGAAACAGAGAUAGGAGUGAGAGAUGCAGGGCUAACACUAACAACCACCACCACUCGUCAUCUUCCUCUAAGCGCAACUCCAAGUCAAACAUCAGAAGACCCAGGAAUCGCACCUACAGCACCAGUUCUGCCAGUAGUGGCGCCAGCCUGGACGGACUGGGACAAGGAGAGGAUCGGAGGGAGGACAGAGCCCGACGAGACCGACUGGGGCACAGGGAAAGAGACGGAGGAGAGGGAGGAGGAGGUCAGCUACCGAACAGGAGGAGAAACACUAGAGACUCCUCAACAGACUCACUGGAGGAGAGGAGGAGAGAUGGAGGAGAGGAGUACUUGAGCCCCCCGUGGAGGAGAGGGGAGGAGGAGAGCAGAGGGGGAAGAGGACACAGAGGAGGAGGGAGAGGAGGGCUCCUGAAAGUGUCUCAGAGCGACAGACAGUCAGGUACCUCCCAUGCCACCUCAGGCCCCAGCGAUGACCCCCAGGGGCGCCUCAGGCAGGGCACUGUGCCUCGUGGUAAGGAGAGGGGCAUUCUCAUCCUCCCCGCCCACACUGACCUCUCCAAUUCGCCGACGGAGCCCGGGCCAAGGCUCCUGUUUGGUGGGAUUCGAGGAGGAAAAGAGGCGGGACUAGGGAGAGGAGGAAGGGGCGGAGGAACAAGGCGACUCUGGGAUCCCAACAACCCCGACCAGAAACCCGCUCUCCGGCUCUCCCAGCAUGCCUCUCUCCAGCAGCAGCAGCAGCAGCCCAUGUACCUGCAGACGGGCGGAGGUUACGGAGCGCUGCACUUCCUGGAUACGGACGACGAGGCUGCAGGGAGUCCCCCGGUCCGCCAGGGGGAGCACUUCCACCCCCAGCAGGAGGCCGCAGCCAUGGCCCAGGCCUUCUACAAGUACCAGAACUCUGACAACCCUUACCCUUACAAUGCCAACCCUAAUGCACGUUACCCGUACCCCUACCACACUAUGCCUACCACCCCCUACCAGAUGCCCUCUUCCAAUGGCAUUUACCCAGCCCAGUUUUACGGGGAGUAUAGGGGUCAGGGGUACCAGACCGGGGCUGGAGCAGGUCUUACACCAGAGGAGGUGGAGCAGCAGGCCAGGGGAGAGCUGGGGAGACAGCUGAGGGCUGCAGACAGCCAGGAGUUACAACUCAGCAACCUCUUAUCUAGAGACAGACUCAGUGCUGACGGACUGGACCGCAUGGCUCAACUCAGAGCUGACCUGUUGACCCUAUAUGAGCGGGUGAUCCUAACAGACAUAGAGUUCAGUGACAGUCAGAACCUGGACCAGGCUCUAUGGAAGAACGUGUUCUACCAGGUUAUAGAGCACUUCAGACAGCUCCUCAAAGACCCCAGCGGAGACUCAACCCUGCGCAUCACCCCCAUGCUGCUCACUCUGCUGGACGAGGGGACGGCGUUCUUUGAUGCACUGCUGCAGAAGCUUCAGACGGUGUUUCAAUUUAAACUGGAGGAUUACAUGGACGGCAUGGCCAUCAGACCACGUCCACUACGCAAGACGGUGAAGUAUGCUCUGAUCAGUGCCCAGCGGUGUUUGAUCUGUCAGGGGGACAUCGCCCGUUACAGAGAGCAAGCCAGCGACUCGGCUAACUACGGCAAGGCCCGCAGCUGGUACCUGAAGGCCCAGCAGAUUGCUCCUAAGAACGGACGACCUUACAACCAGCUGGCCCUGCUGGCUGUUUACACGAAGAGGAAGUUGGAUGCAGUGUAUUACUACAUGCGUAGCCUUGCUGCCUCCAACCCCAUCCUCACUGCCAAGGAGAGUCUCAUGAGUCUGUUUGAAGAGGCCAAACGCAAGGCGGACCAGAUGGAGCGGAGGAGGAAGCAGGAGUGGGAGGGGGGGUCCAGGGGCCCCGGGGUCCGAGGAGGAGGACGGGGGGAGGAAGGGGCCAGGGUGGAGAUCUGGGUCGGCCCUAUUGGACAGGCAGGGGUUCCGUCAUCACACCGCGGGGGCAGCGAGUCCAGCAGAGACUCUGAACAGGAAGGAGAACUGGGCAACCUCAGCCCUAGUGAUCUCAAUAAGAGGUUUACACUCAGCUUCCUCCACGCUCACGGAAAACUCUUCACUAAAGUGGGCAUGGAGUCGUUCCCUUCGGUGGCCAGUCGGGUUCUCCAGGAGUUCACCGUGCUGCUCCAACACAGCCCCUCUCCUCUGGGCAGCACACGCAUGUUGCAGAUCAUCACCAUUAACAUGUUCACGAUACACAACGCUCAGAGCAGAGGAGGAGACAGUGAGGUGAGAUCUGUGUUACAGGAACAGACUACAGCUCUGGGUCUGGCCAUGUUCUCUCUGCUGGUCCAACGCUGCACAGAGCUGCUGAGAGACACACCCGCAGAGCCCAUCCCAGCGGAGGAGAGAGAAGAGGGGCAGGAGGGGAUGGUGAGAGUUUCUGCCUUUCCAUUGGACCUGAGGGAGCUGCUGCCUAGCGUCAAGGUCUGGUCUGAUUGGAUGCUUGGACACCCCAACCAAUGGAAUCCUCCACCUUGCCGUAUAGACUGUAGUCUUGAUGUGUGGCGUAGCCUGGCAGACCUGUGUAAUGCGUUGGCGCGUGUCGACCACGGCGAGGCGCCACUGUACAAGGCAGACGGGGACGGAGGCGAGGGGGAUGAGGAGCUCCGCCUGCUGCUAUUGGAGGAGGACAGGCUACUGGCCGGCUUCGUCCCGCUGCUCGCCGCCCCUCAGGAACCCUGCUACGUAGACUGCACCGGGGAUACAGCGAUAGCAGCAGACUGUAAAAGGGUAACAGUAUUGAAGUAUUUCCUGGAGGCUCUGUGUGGACAGGAAGAACCUCUCCUGGCUUUUAAAGGAGGGAAGUACGUCUCCAUGGCAACCUCUCCCCAACCCGGUCGCCCCGGCGACGCACGCAGCAGACAGGACUCGCAGACAGAGAGAGAGAGUGAUGACGUCAUCGUGGAGGCGGAGUCGUCUGUGUCGGACGGUGAUGAUGGCAGUGAGGACGACAUCCGAGAGCUCCGGGCCAGACGGAGCGCCCUCACCAACAAACUGGCUGAGCAGCAGAGACGCAGGGACAAGAUACAGGCGGUGUUACAGACGUGUGGUCAGUUGGAGUUAGAGGUCCGUCCUCUUUUCCUGGUCCCCGACACCAACGGUUUCAUCGACCACCUCACCGGCCUCAAGACGCUGCUUCAGUCUGGAACGUACAUUGUGGUGGUGCCCCUCAUCGUGAUAACAGAGUUGGAUGGUCUGGCAAAGGGGCAGGAGAGCUGCGAUGGCUCUGGCAGUGGGCGUGGUGGCAGUGGUUGUCGUGGAAACACCGGUGGUGGUGGUGGUGGACCGACCCACGCCCGGUCGGUCCAGGAGAAGGCUAAGGUUGCCGUGGCGUUUCUGGAGCGAGGGUUCGAGGCCAGGGAGCCCUGUCUCAGAGCGCUGACCAGCAGAGGAAGUCAACUGGAGUCUAUCGCCUUCCGCAGCGAAGACACCUCCGGACAACAGGGAAACAAUGAUGAUGUCAUCUUGUCCUGCUGUCUCCACUACUGCAAAGAUGAGGCUAAAAGCUUGAUGCCUGCACAGACAAACGGUCCAGUGCGUUUGCGUCGGGAGGUGGUUCUCCUGACAGAUGACCGUAACCUGCGGGUCAAAGCCCUGACCAGGAAUGUGCCGGUCAGGGACAUUCCUGCCUUCCUCACCUGGGCCAAAGUGGGCUGAACCGGGUCACACACAGACCACGCCCAGAGCACCCAGACAACCAAUCAACUGCUGAUAACCGCUGGCCACCUCCCACACCACCUUGGAGUGGAGAAGGAGAAUAUACGCUAAUGCAGAAGAGAAGACUGUUGGAGGGAGAGAGACGAAGGAGAAACUCAUUGUUUUUUUGGUGGAAAAGCUCAAAUGAAAACUUUAAAAAAAGCAUUUUUUUUUUGGAGGAGUGGAAUGAGUUGAAUUGUCUGAGAGCUUUUUUCUCCUCUUGUUGUGGUGAGGUGUGUGUGUGUUAAUAACUGCUUCUCUCAGAGGGAAGGAGGAGGGAGGACAGGAGCAGAGAUAGAUGCAGGAAGAACUGUAGAAGAAAGAGAGAGAGAGAGAGAGGAGGUGUGUGAGUGUGUGUUAUUAUCUGGCUUCUCCAUUCCAGCCGUGCGCCCUUCAUAACUUCUGCAGUGUGUUCACAAGGCCAGCAGCAGUAUUUACCUCUGUGGAAACGACAGAGCAGAGAAGAAAUAGAGAGAGAGAGGUCUGAGGGCUGAGGAGGAAGGCCGUAGCCUGACUGAAGACUUAUCACUGGCUGUGUGAUUUGUCUGUUUAACUGACAUCUUGUCUGUAACCCCAGAGCAGCACAGAGAGAGGCCCUGUAGUGGCAAGGAGGGAGGCUGUGGUGAUGGGUUACCAGGUUCUGGUGUAUUAGAUUAGGGGAUUGGUACCCCCCACCUUAAUCUCCUUGACGCGGAGCCACACGCUCAGCCUCGGAUGGCCAGGAUUUGGUUUGCAUCCCAGUUGCCCAGCAACAGUGUUGGUGAUGUUGGUACCCCCAGCAGCUUGAUGGUAACGGAGUCAUUUCCAAGUUGGGGUUUCUAUAAAGGAGCAGCUUUAAAAAAAAAAAAAUCAAAAGA